AUGGGCGACAACCGUGGAGUAGAAAGUUGGCUAUUUGUGAAACAAGUGGUUGAAGGACGAUGGUUUUCAGUGUUCACCUCUUUUCCGAUCAUGAUCGGUUGCGGUUCACCUUACUUGUUCGGAACAUACUCCAAACUCUUAAAAACAAAAUUUGACUACAAUCAAACCCAACUUAAUACCUUGGGAUUCGCUAAAGAUCUCGGCUCCAACCUCGGAGUUUUUGCCGGGCUUUUCGCCGAGGUGGCUCCUCCGUGGAUGCUUUUCCUUGUGGGGAUAUCCUCCAAUUUCUUCAGCUACUUUAUGAUUUGGCUCUCCGUUUCUGACUACAUCCCAAAACCCCAUUUAUGGCUAAUGUUUGUUUACAUCUAUAUUACUUCUAAUUCACAGAACUUCCCCAACACCGCUGUUAUGGUCACCAACGUCAGAAAUUUUCCUGAUCAACGCGGUAUCAUUUUGGGCCUUCUCAAGGGUUUCGUUGGCCUUGGUGGGGCCAUCCUAACUCAAAUUAAUUUAGCAAUUUACGGCAACAAAAAUUCUACUGAUCUUCUCCUCCUUCUUUCAUGGCUACCCUCCAUUGUAUGUUUCUUGUGUUUUCUUCCAAUUCGGACAAUCAAAGGUCGGAAGCAUCCACAAGAGCUCAAAGUGUUCUACCACUUGCUUUACGUGUCCAUAGUGAUAGCGGUGUUCCUCUUGUUUCUCACCAUAACCCAGAGAAACAUUGCUUUUUCUCAGGCUGGCUAUGCCAGUGGCGUCGCGGUCAUCGUCAUCUUAAUCUGUCUGCCCCUUCUGGUAGCUAUUAAAGAAGAACUUUUUCUCUUCAAACUCGGUAAACAAACCAUGAAUCCUUCAGUUGUUGUUUCGCUUCCCUGCGAGCAACUUGAGGAAAUUUCAAAAAUUUCUUUGCCGUGUGUCUCAAAUGUAUGUAAGAAGCCGCAAAGAGGAGAAGAUUACAGCAUCUUGCAAGCUCUUCUAAGCAAAGAUAUGGCUCUUAUUUUCAUAGCAACGGUUUCUGCAUGUGGGUCGUCCGUUGCAGCCAUUGAUAAUCUUGGGCAGAUCGCCGAGUCACUUAAGUAUCCAAAUCAUUCGAUAAGUAUUUUGGUUUCAUGGAUUUCCAUAUUCAAUUUCUUUGGUCGGGUCUUCUCCGGUUUCAUCUCUGAAACCCUUAUGACCAAAUACAAAUUACCUCGCCCUUUCAUGUUCGGUCUUACCCAACUUUUCACCUGCACUGGCUUGCUCUCCAUCGCAUUCCCUUAUAUAAAUUCAGUCUAUGUAGCUUCGUUGAUCAUUGGGUUUGGCCUUGGAGCCCAAACUCCAUUGAUAUUCGCCAUAAUCUCUGAUCUCUUUGGCCUCAAACAUUACUCGACACUACUCAAUUGUGGGCAACUGGCUGUCCCACUUGGAUCUUAUAUAAUGAACGUGGAAGUAAUAGGGAGGUUUUACGAUGCAGAAGCCACUAAAAUUGGAAAUGUGAAGAACGGGAAGGGUCUAACUUGCACUGGAACUCAUUGCUUUAGUGAAUCGUUCAUGAUUUUGGCUACAGUGACUUUGUUUGGAGCAAUGGCUUCGUUUGUGCUAGCUUAUAGAACUCGAGACUUCUACAAAGGCGAUGUAUAUAAGAAGUACAAAGAUGACAUGGAGGCUACGCAGUCGAACGUGGAAUUAAAUUCUUUCGAGGAUAAAAACAAUGAACACAAAAAGAAAAUUGAUGAUCAAAGUAAAUAA